GCGAACCUGAGCGAACGAAAGACUUCUGGUUAUCCUUGGGCCGUAUGGAUAGCUAAAGUGUAAAAGCGAAGUUUUUACUGAUAGUUACCAAUUACCAACAGGGAACCCCCUGACCUGCUGAUUGUUACGACACGGUCCGAGGAAUGUCUGCAAAGACCGAGCCUUGCCGCUAUUUAGAAUCGGUCGAGCGCUCGUGCUGCAAGAUGAAAGUAUGGUUCUAAUCGCCCUUCGGUUCCUAGUCGUACUAUUUCAAAACCCUAGGCCUGGAAGCGGGACCGAUUACAACUCAACGACAAUGAUGAAGGCCCGUCUGUUAUGUUGUGGUACAAUGAACAAUGCGCAUGUCAAGCCGCAUCUUUUUUUUUUCAUACUCCGGUAUGUCCAUGUGUUUUCUGCGUGUUGGUGUGCUUCGUGCGAGGGUCAGACUGAUCCGUGUUGGCCAAUGCGAGUGGGAAAUCAUGUGGAGAAUUUGCCCAUGACGUUUUCGAUGCCCUCUAGCUACGUAACCCAAACCGUAUCUCGACUGUAUCUUGUAUUUCUACAUUAAGUACAUCAAAGUUGCUGCGGUCGUCGCCGCCAUCAACGAUCACUACAUUGUCUUCGCCGCCGUUGACGCUGAGGAAGAACGUGUGAGCGAAUCAGCGGGUG